AUGCGCACAUGGGAGGACAUCGGUUCUCCAGAACUGACACCAUCAGAGAUCAUAGCGUGGGCGUCGAACGAGACGCGUAUGGAAUUUGAAGGCUUUUUCCGGGCGACUGUCAGUUUUCGAAACAUGACUUGCCUCGCAGAUGUCUAUGUGUCGAAGACCCGUAACAAUCUUCUCGGAAAUAAGACGAUCUCCGAACUGGGAUUGUGGAACCGUCCCUUUGACGAAAUUUGCAGCGCGGUGUACAACACUACUGAGGAGGUCCUGAAGAAUAAGUAUAUGGAACGCAUGGAGAACGCGGCCGGCAGGUGCACGAAAACGAAGAUAAGUUUGAAAGCGAAGACGGAGAAAAAGCCAGUCUUCAAGCAGAGCCGACGAGUCCCGUUUGCGGUACAGUCGUCCGUAGAAGCUGAACUAGAAGGACUACAGGAAAAGGGCAUAAUCUAUCCUACCAAUUAUUCAGCUUGGGCUGCUCCAGUCGUGGCGGUGAAGAAACCCAACGGACAAAUACGAUUAUGUGCGGAUUAUUCAACGGGCCUGAACGACGCACUAGAAGAUUAUUAUUACCCGCUGCCAACCUUAGAGCAGAUUUUUGCUACUCUAAAUGGAGGGAAAGUCUUUGCAAGGAUCGAUCUAUCUGAAGCUUACUUGCAAAUUGAGGUGGAUGAGAAAUCGCAGGAACUUUUGACCAUUAAUACGCACAAGGGUCUUUUCAGGUACACUCGCUUAAACUAUGGCGUGAAAACGGCGCCUAGUGUGUUCCAGCAGAUCAUGGACACGAUGCUUACGAAUGUUCCCGGGACUAUUGCAUAUCUGGACGAUAUUUUGGUUGUCGGUAGCUCAGAGGAAGAGCUGACUCAAAGGCUGGACCAGGUUGUGGACAAUCUGAUCGACUACGGCCUUAAGAUCAAUAUGGAGAAAAGUGAAUUUUUGCGGAAGGAGAUUCACUAUCUCGGGUUCAUAGUCAACGAGAAUGGGCGUGCCCCUGACCCAGAGAGGGUGAAGGCAUUCCAGAACAUGAAAGUGCCGAAGAACACGAAGGAGCUGCAAUCGUUUAUGGGGUUGGUCAGCUACUACGGUCCCUUCAUCACUGGGUUGCACGGUUUAAAACCUCCACUCAGCCGACUUCUGUGCAAGGACGUGGAGUUUAUUUGGUCACCAGAAUGUCAAAAAGCAUUUGAUGCCAUAAAGACAAAGAUAUGCGACUCAACUAUGCUAUCGCACUUCGAGGCUGACAAAGAAACCAUUGUCCAGGCAGACGCCUCUGAUUACGGUUUAGGCGGAGUGCUCCUUCAGAAGGACGCAGAUGGGAGAGUACAGCCAAUCAUGCAUGACGCCAGGUCACUGACGAAGGCUGAACGGAAUUAUAGCCAGAUUGAAAAGGAGGCACUGGCCAUUAUCUUCGCCGUACAGAGAUUCCACCUGUUUAUUUAUGGCAGACCCUUCACACUGCACACUGAUCAUCAGCCACUGAAGUUCCUUUUGGGUACUAACCGUGGUGUUCCCCAGAACGUAGCUAGGAGAAUACAACGUUGGAGUACUAUUCUUCAAAACUAUGACUUUCAGAUCCAAUAUGUGCCUACUCAGAAGUUUGGAGCUCCGGACGCUUUAUCACGACUGAGUACAAGCAACGAAAAUCAAGAAGACGUGGUUGUCGCCAGUACGCUAAUGCAAGAUGAUGACGAGUUUAGAGGUGUCAUCCGACAGUUGCCGCUCACAGCCGAGCACAUCAGGGCCACCACUGCAGCAGACCCACUUUUGCGCCAGGUGAAAGAGAGAGAGAGAGAGGACUGCUUUAUUUUGAAAAUAACUUUCAAAACUUUCAGCAAAAACGGUUCUCCAGUACACAGUGAUUACCAUAGAGAUUAA